AUGUCACCCUUACCGCUAUAUGAACCACAGUAUUUUGGACAAGAACCAAUAGGAACCGAAAACGAUGGUGAUAUGCCGAUUGUUUAUGUCGGGAGACAGAAUGAAGAAGAACCAGUAAGGAUAGAAAAUUAUGACAAUUUAUCAAUUAAUGUUCACUUCAGGAGACCGAAUGAAGAAGUUGAAAAUAUGAGAGAAAUCAUUGUCUGCGUCACAUGUUUGAACGAGGAAUCAAAUGUGGUAUUACGGCCAUAUUGGUUUGCCCACUGGCCACUAUGCCGAGAACCUAUAAGAGAGAUUGUUGUAUUUUUAAGUUAA